UGCCACUCCUCUCUCUCUCUCUCUCUACAUGUACAGUAGUUUCUGAUCAUCAGUUGUGAGCAGUAAGUGUGAGCAAAGGUAGAGGAGAUGUUUUCUCUUUCUCUGCUCUCCGCUCUGCUCCUUCUAUCCUUUCUCGUUCAGGCCAGUGUGGAUGAAUCUUUCAGGGACUGUUCUCAAUUCCUCUACCACCAGAGGCCCCCCCGGGGCGUGCGGCUGGAUGGUCUUCACACUAUCUGCCAGCACUAUGACAGUGAGCCACGCUACGCAACCCUGUAUGAUCCUGCCCGCCACAUACCUCUCUACUCUGCCUACACGUUUAAAGGCUCCGCUGGAGAGAAGAUGGACAGCCAUCCCUGGAUGUAUGAACCACAGCUCUUCAGCACAUCAGAAACAGGAAACAUGCAGCCUUUUCCUCAAACUGGAGCUGACCAGCAUUUGGAGCAGACUCAGGCCGUAUUAGCUGACUACACUGAUGCUUUAGGUUAUGAGCGUGGUCAGCUGACCCCAGACCAGCACCAGUCCAGCCCAGGGGACAAGGCUGCCACCUACACCCUGACCAAUGUGGUGCCCAUGACCAGAGAGUUUCUCCGAAACCACUGGGAGCCACACCUGGACACCAUCCGCCAGCGCCUCAACAACUACUGCCAUGGCACGGCCUACAUAGUGACCGGCAUCACCACCGCUGGACAUGCCAUACGAAGGGGCAACAUCAACCGAGUGACCAUUCCCAAACACAUUUGGUCUGCUUAUUGCUGCCCUGACUUUGAUCCUGGAGUGCCAUACGAUAUUCGCUAUAAGUUUCCUUCUUAUGCUGUGUAUGGCCUAAAUGAUGUUCUAGAUAACUAUGUUAAUGAGGUUUCACCAAAAAGGCUGGAAGCACUGGUGAAGAGGGAGAUGCCAGUGGAUCAAGACUUUCAGCUCUUUCAUAGCAACUGUAUAUCAGCCAUGUAAAUAUGCAGAUUAUAAAAACAUGUAUGCAUUUCUUUUGUUCCUUGCUUUAAUAAUAGUUAAAUUAAAUGCUAUAAAUUAAAUGCCUGGUUAUAGAACUUGUAAAAUUGUUCAAUUUGUUUGAAAUGUACUACAUAGAUAAUUUUACUCAGCUAUUUUACUCUGUUGCUAAAAUAUGUGCAUUUGGUGGUUUGAUGUACCGUUGUGUAGACUGUUAGCAUUGAACAUCUUGAAUGACUCCAAAAAUAAAGAUUUGUGAAUUA